AUGGUCCUGGCGGCUAAGCUGCGGAGUGUCAAGGCAGCGUUACGCACUUGGUCUCACAAGGUAUUUGGCAAUAUCUUUGACUCGGUGAAGGUGGCGGAAGACCGUGCGCUCAAUGCUAAGUUGAGCUAUGAUACUGAUCCAUUUGAGGCCAAUCUAGUGGCGUUACGUGAGGCUCAAGAUCAACUUUGGAGGUCGCAGGGGGUUGAGCAUAUGUUUUGGCAACAAAAAUCGAGGAUUAAGUGGUUAAAGGAUGGAGAUAGGAACUCGAGGUAUUUCCACUCUGUGGUGGCAAAGCACCGCCAAAGGUCGGUAAUUCAUCGUAUUAAGUCAUCCGAUAGGGAGUGGCUGGAGUCUGCGGCUGAUAUUGAAGGUGAGGCCACAACCUUUUUUAGACGCUUGUUCACGGCAGAGUCCCCUAGUGAGUCUUUUGACGCUCUUGAUGUUAUACCGAAAUUAAUUACGUCCCAGGAUAAUGCCAUGUUGGAGGAGGUCCCGUCUAAGGAAGAGGUUAAAUCAGUGGUUUUUGCUAUGGAUGGUGAGAGUGCGGCUGGCCCAGAUGGUUUCUCGGGUAAGUUUUUUACAUGUGCAUGGGAUAUUGUGGCAGAGGAUGUCCACGCGGCUGUGGUAUGUUUUUUCUGUGGGGAGGUGCUGCCCAGGAGUAUCUUUUCUACCUCAAUAGUGUUGAUUUCGAAGGUCCAGCCUCCUCAGGAUUUUACCCAAUUCCGUCCGAUUAGCUUGUGUAACUUUAUCAAUAAGGUGAUCUCCAAGCUCUUGUCGGAUAGACUAGCACGGAUUUUGUCUAAGAUUAUUUCGCCUCAGCAGAGUGGCUUUGUAAAAGGAAGGCAUAUGUCUGAUAAUUUUCUGCUGGCUCAGGAACUUCUCUCUGGAAUUCGGCAUUCUCAUCGGGGAGGGAAUGUGGUGUUGAAGUUGGACAUGGCCAAGGCGUACGAUCAUGUCUCAUGGCUCUUUUUGUUGCAAGUGCUGCGUCGAUUUGGUUUCGCGGAGAGUGGGGUUAAGAGUACUUUGCAACAGGUUAUGAGGGUACUGGAAACGUAUUAUGGUACGUCUGGGCAACAGAUUAACUGUCAAAAGAGCUGCUUUAUUGUUGACGAUGCCUUGAGCUCCUCUCGUAGACGUGUGGUGUCACAAAUUUCUGGCUUUCAUGCCAAGUUACUCCCGCUUAAAUAUCUUGGCUGUACUCUCUAUUCUAGGCGAAGUAAAAGUAGCCACUUCUCGGAGAUCUGCACAUCAGUUGCAAGUAGAGUUUUGACGUGGAAGGAGAAGCUAUUGUCUCCUAGAGGGCGUUUGGUCUUAAUCAGUAGUGUCGUAUCCUCUAUGCCUCUUCACAUCCUUGCUGCUUCGGCUCCGCCAAAGGGUGUGAUGCGUGCCCUUGAGAAGGUAUUUGCGAAUUUCCUUUGGGGGAGGUCGGAGGGGGGCAAUCGUUACCAUUGGAUUGGAUGGGAGUCGCUGUGCAAACCAUCUAUUGAAGGGGGGGUCGGUGUGCGGGCCUUGGCGGAUGUGUUUGAUUCGUUUUCAGUGAAGUUAUGGUGGUCUCUCAGGCAACGUAAGUCCCUCUGGGCAGAAUUUAUGCAUUCGAAAUAUCUAUAUGGUUUACAUGCGUGUGAAGCGGAAUUUCAGCUUUCUCAAUCACCCACUUGGAGGAGGUUGGUCAGGUGCCAUACUUUGGCAGAGUCUUAUAUCCAGUGGGUGUUACAGAACGGAAUGGUUGAUUUCUGGCAUGAGAACUGGAUAGGUGCAGGGUCGUUAUGUCAACGGGUUGAGAUUUUUGGUGAUCAUUCAGUGGCGGACUUUGUCUUCAAUGGGAGCUGGAACCUAUCAAUGCUUCGUCAGUGGCUGCCGGACAGUAUUAUUGCUAUGAUUGUGUAG